UGACUCAUUUUAUUGAAGGCCGCACUUAAGCCUGUCAUUGCCAUUAAUGAUUCACAUGAUGUAUUGCUUUGGAUAAGAAACAGUUUUAAUAGCACUGUGAUAGAAAUACGAUUGCAGUGUUAGUCGACAGUGUUAGUGACUAUGAACUCGCUGGACUGUCUUACAGCUCGCUGCCUCGGCGUCAUCUAUAGACUGCUGGGUCUGGUACCGCUACCGCCCAGCUGGAGGUCGUGGCAGCUCCUGCCUUCAUUGGUUAUUCGCUGCACUUGGCUGGCCUACGCGACGUACACUUUGACAAUUGGCUAUCGCUGGCUGUUCCGUGAUGAUGUGGACAUCAGCUAUUGGGUUGGCACCGGCCUGUUCAUAGCCAACUCGCUAAUGGCGCUGCUGCUGCAACUGGAGAGCGUGUUCAAGCAGCGCGCCUUUGAGCGCUUGCAGGACUUGCGCUUUCAGCUGCACUUGCAAUUGCAGCGUCUGGGCAUGUUUGGGGGAUGUCGACGCACGGCGCGACAGUUGUGUGCACUCAUCGGUCUGCAGCUGGGCUGUGACAUAGCCAAGACCUGGGCUAAUGAACAUGCUGACAUAACGCCAGUGCAUUUGAGAGCCAUGCCACUUAUGUGGAUGCUGCGCUUUCGGUUCGUGCAGCUGUUGGCCCAGGUUAUGGAGUUCAAUCAGCGGGCGGAGCAGCUGCGAGUCUCGCUGCUGGGCCUGGCCAUGGGCAAUGACAUCUGGCAGCCGUUUGGCUUGCACGAUCAGCGGCAGCUGCAAGCGCUGCGUUUGAGCUAUGAGUGCAUCUUCGAGUGCUACGAGACUUUUAGCGAUUGCUAUGGCUGGGGUCUGCUGGGAUUGCAUGUGAUAAGCAGCUUUGAGUUUGUUUCCAAUGCCUACUGGAUGAUAACGGAGGCCUACCGCUCAGGCAGCAUCUACAUGUUCAUCUAUAAUGGCAUGACUACCUUUGCUACUGGAACUCUCAUCUCUGCGCUCUUCUGGUACGGCGAAGCAGGAGCUGAAAAUAGCCGUCAUAUUGGGUGUCUUAUUUCAAAGCUGGUUAAGCCUCUGGGCAGCAAACGUUAUAAUGAUUUGGUCUGCGAAUUUUUGCUACAAACUUUGCAUCAAAGGUUUGUAGUAACAGCGAAGGACUUCUUUAGUCUAAAUCUGCACCUGUUGAGCAGCAUGUUUGCCGCUGUAGUAACCUAUCUGGUCAUACUCAUACAGUUUAUGUUUGCCGAAAGGGGCUACAAGAAUAGAACCAACUCUACGGCGGCAAUUCGGGUGGAACUUAAUAAGUUAAGCUAA